AGUUGCCAAGCUGGACGAGUCGGGCUCUGACGGGUGGAGAACAGAUCCAGAUACAUCUGUCCACCGUGAGUCCACUCAGGAGGAGCAGUAUGUAGGGGAAGGAAUAGAAGAACCUAAAGCUCUGCCUCCACACGCCGCCUACCGGGACGCAGAGACCAUCACAGAUGUGUGUAACAGUACUGAUCUCCCGGAGGUGGAGAUUAUCAGUCUGCUGGAGGAGAAGUUGCCGGUUUACAGGCUGAGAGCCGACUGUGUUUAUGGAUAUGAUCACGACGACUGGCUGCACACUCCACUCAUCUCUCCGGACACGCGCAUCGACCUGACCACAGAGCAGAUCGAAGAGACCCUCAACUACUUCCUGCUAUGUGCUGAACGAGUGGGCCAGAUGACUAAGACCUACAAUGACAUUGAUGCCGUCACCAGACUUCUGGAGGAGAAAGAGCGAGACCUGGAGCUGGCAGCCCGGAUUGGCCAGUCUCUCCUGAAGAGGAACCGGGCCUUGUCCGAGCAGAACGAGUACCUGGAAGAACAAGUGGGAGCCAUCAGAGAGGAGGUGGCUCAGCUCCAUCAUGAGUUAAAUCUGAAAGAUGAGCUUCUGCAGUUCUACACUAACGCUGCAGAGGAGAGUGAGGAGGAGGCAGUGUCUCCAUCGUCCUCGGGUCAGAGGAGCAGGGUAGUGGGGACGAUCUCCAGCGGAUCUUCACUGGACUUCCUGCAGAGGAAGCUGAGAGACCUGGAGGAGGAGAACAUCUCGCUCAGAUCAGAGGCCAGUCAUCUGAAGUCGGAGACGGAGACGUACGAGGAGAAAGAGCAGCAGCUGGUGAACGACUGUGUUCAGGAGCUCAGGCAGUCCAGUCUCCAGAUCUCCACCAUAGCAGAGGAGCUGGCCAGAAAGACUGAGGACGCCUCUCGGCAGCAGGAGGAAAUCACACAUUUACUCUCUCAGAUCGUUGACUUACAGAAAAAAGCCAAAACUUACGCGGUGGAGAACGAGGAGCUAUCUCAGCAUCUCGGAGCAGCUAAAGAUGCCCAGCGGCAGCUCACAGCCGAGCUCCAGGAGCUGGAGGAGAAAUACUCAGAGUGCAUCGAGAUGCUGCAUGAAGCUCAGGAGGAGCUGAAGAACCUGCGGAACAGGAGCGUAUCUGCAGGAACGCCUCGACGCUACCACCCCCUCGGACUGUUUCCUAUGGACUCUCUGGCUGCUGAGAUUGAGGGAACGAUGAGGAAGGAGCUGAGUCAGGAGUAUCCCGAACUUGACGAGCAAAAGGUCCAUCAUAAACGCGCGUUUGAGAUGGUUAAGAACAUUAACCAAUCAGUGAGGCAGCGCCCAUCGGCUCCGCCUCCUUCAGCUAACAUCCCAGGGUCCAAUCAGACACUCUCCUCCCUAAGCUCCGCCCUCUCUGACAGCAAUGGAAACACACCUACUCUCGACAAUCGUGCUCAGAGCAUGUUAUUAGAGGCGGAGUCAACAGACCGCAGCGUGGACGUCUCUGAGAAGCGCUCCUGUUCCGAGGAUCUGAAGCUGGCUCUGCGGCGUCUCUCUCUGCGGAGGCAGAACUGUCUGAGUGAGCGCCGUUUCUUUGAGGAGGAGCGAGAGAGGCGUCAGCGAGACCCCCCGGGGCUGCAGGAUGGAGCCCACCGCUCUGGUCUGGUGCCCAGCGAAAGCAUCAUGUCACUGGGCUCGUGGGCCAGCCGACCCUACCUGCCCGACAAGCUCCAGAUCGUCAAGCCUCUGGAAGGUUCUGCGACUCUGCAGCACUGGCAGCAGUUGGCUCAGCCUAAUCUGGGGGGGAUUCUGGAUGCCCGUCCCGGUGUGGUUCCUAAAGGGUUCCGUCCUCUGGAGCUGGAUCUGGAGGAGGUGUAUCACUAUGCCGACUACGAGGAGGACGAGCCGGGAGAGCAGUACUUCCAGAACCUUCCCACCACAACCGCGGCCAAUCCCAACGUGCCUCCUGGCCUCAGCCACGCCUCCUCCGCUUCCCCCUCCCCCUGCCUGAGCACAGGCCACGCCCCCGCGGAGCUGCCAGUGUACUAUCCAGGUAAGUGCAUGGCCCACACCAGCUCCAUCUACACUUUCACCACCUGCAGGAUCCUCCACCCUUCAGACGAGCUGACCAGAGUCACUCCCAGUCUAAACCCCGCCCCCACCUCCUCCUGCGUGAUGUCAUCCAGUCUUCGCUCCACCCCGGCAGCCACACCCUGCACGCCACGCCGCUUGAGUCUGUCCCAGUCUCAGUCCUUCACCAACCUGCGGGACUCCACCAAGACCUUCAGCACGUCUCUGGGGUUGGUGCGUCUCCUGCAGGAGCGGGGGAUAUCUGCGGCCGUCUACCAGCCCCAGAGCUGGGACAGGGUCAGCGGAGGGGGGGUCCUUUUCUCCACCUCUGUCCUGCCCCAGCCCCCUCCAGACCCCCAGAGACCCACUACGCCUCCCAACUCGCCCAGCCGCCGAAGCCCCAGCCCUCACACCUCCUCCAUGGAUGAGAACCCCUCCGCGGCCUUCUCCUUCAAAAGCCCCUCCUACGAGAACUUCCUGGCCUCCAAGCCAGCGCGGUCCAUCCUGAAGGAGGUGGCGGGGGCGACCGGCACUCAAGCCAGAGACUGCGAGAGCCAGACGGAUGUCAGCGUCUACAACCUCAACCUGGUGGAUAAGCUGAGGAGGCUCGGCCUGGCCAGCCCAGGGACCUCCGGGGCAGCCGUCACAAGGCCUGGCCCCAUUUUGGGACCUCUGGGUGGCCUGAGGAGGGCGGGGUCGCCUUUUACCCCCCUGAAUGAAGGCAUAAGGCGCAAUCGGAGCUACCCGGCCGUGGUGGGGGCGAGCAUGGCCAUGAAGGGCCCCGGGCCCCAGGGGGACGAUCUGCUCCUGGCCCCAAAGCUGCCCAAGCAGUCUAGCCUCCAAUAACACCGGAUGAUACGACAUGCCUACAUUCACUCUCACACCCAUUGUAGUGUACAUUACUCUCUGUAAGCCACACCCACAAAACUAACACCGCGAUCAGGCCUGUCAGUUAUUACAUCAUCACCAUAAUCAUAGUCAUUUUGCAAAGAUGAUAGCUUUCAUAAUCAUAAUCAUACGCGUUCAUCACAAAAACAGAAUUUAAUUGGGUCUAUUGGUUUUCAUCAGUCUGACUGAAGUAAAUAUGUGAAGGGUUUUAUUCUAAAACAUCUUUCUCUCUUUUUUCAUCACACAGCUGAUGGUCAGUGUUGUUGUUGAUUUUCUUAGUAUAAAUAACUUACACAUCUACAGAAAACACACUUAAUAUGGCACUUUUAUGCUAAUUGUAAUGCACAAUUUCUAUUUAUUUGAAAAAAUAAAACAAGCUGUGGAGAGUGCUG